UGCAUACAAACACUUAAAUUAAAUUACAUUUUAAAAUUAAAAACUUCCAUUUUAGUUAUAAUAGUAACUUUACAAUUAUAAAAGUAUAUUUCCACUCCAAUUCGUUUUUUUGAAAUAUAAACAUUUAAAUGGUGGCUGUCAUAAAAACCUGACAGAUUUAUUCAAACAUAAAAACUCAUAAUCGCCUAUUUUUAUUUUUAUUCAGUGGUAGAAAUGGCUUCCAUUGUAUGGUGUUUAUCUUCACUUUUAAAAUAUGUAUGAUUAUUAUCUGCAUGUAUCAUUUUCUAGGGUCAUGACCCCAGCAGUUUCAUUUCUCCUGAGAGACUCGUGUAACUGUAAGGACUGAACUCACCAUCCUACAUAAGCAGGUUUAUACAGACAGCCAAACCUGAACAGCUCUCACCCAAGUUGAUUUUUAUGCUAUACUGAUAAUAAAACAAUGGAUCUUCACAUAAGCUGCAAUAUAAAGCUGUUUUCACUUCUGUAUCUGGCACUGCACUGCAUUUUAUGGAAGAUUUCAUUGAACGUCUCUGUGCAGCAGGGGCAAAAUCCCACACUGAGAUGCCCACUGAUGCCCGACAGCAGCAAAGGGGUUUUGAGCUGGUAUAAACAGACUCCAUGGCACUUGCCACAGCUGAUCCUCUCCUACAAUAUCACCAACAUUUCACGGGUGCGCUAUGGCACAGUACAGGACCACAGCAGAUACGCUGUCUUAACCAGGGAAGGGUUAAACCCUCGUCACUUCUUACAAAUCAUCACAACUUUACAAACUGACACUGGAACUUAUUAUUGCGGGUUUUCAGACAAAAACCAGAUGCACAUGUUUGACGACUGAAUGCAAAUGCUGCAUUGUAUAUCAUGUUUUAGAUAUUUACUGAUCUUAAAUGCAUCCUUGUGCAAGUGAACUUUAUUUAUGGAAAACAAUAGACUUUUUAAUACUAUAUCAUGCAUUCUAUUUUCCAUCAGUGUCUAUU